AUGCGUGCGUACUGUCUGCAGAACAACGAAGUGAAGGGAAGCGUGUUCUUCGUAAUGGUCUCGGUCGACGAGGCAGGCAGACCCGUGAAGAAGGUUCCUCCACUGGAUAUCAGCAGCUGCAGUCCUGAACUCCGCAGUCUUAUUGCCAGCUCAUCAAGCGGCUUCGAAGCUAGAAAGGCAAAUGCGAGAAAAAUGUUUUCUCUGGUUCCUCCGGAACCGGAGGAAUCCGUCUUUCUGCAUAAUGUGUGGAAGAAGUCUCUUGCCGGGGGAAAGAACGUAGUGCGGAUGCGCGACACCAAACUGUCAACAGCAGAGCUUAUUCAACCGGAGGCAUUGUCAAGAUACAACAGGGCAUUUGGAGGGCUUGUCUCGCGAAAAGCUUUGGAACUUUCGUACCUGAAUGCUCAAUGUUUCCUUAAAACAGUCAGACCUGUUCUCAGAGGAGUCGACGACAUAUUCUUCUUGCAACCGUUGUUCGUCGGCGAAAUGGCUGAGAUGGUCUCUACUGUCGUCUGGUCUCAAGUGGAUGAGGUGCAGAUCCAGGUGAGGAGAGCACACCUUUGUUUCAUUGUGUCGCACACUGAGGACGCUAUCCGUGUGCCGCGCUUCACUAUUCGAUGCAGUCGGCCAGUCGUUAGAAGUUAG